CUCGGUCUGCUCCCGACACGGGCUGGCCAUCGCCUCCCGCACCCUGUGCCUCACCCGGCUGCUGAUGCUGGCCGCCUUCCCCCUCUGCUACCCUCUCAGCCGGCUGCUGGACUGGGCGCUGCGGCAGGAGCUCAGCGUCUUCUCCACGCGGGAGCGGCUGCUGGAGACCCUGCGCGCCGCCGGCCCCCACGGCGACCUGGUGCGGGAGGAGUUGGCCAUGGUGCAGGGCGCGCUGGAGCUGCGCACCAAGGUGGUGGAGGACGUGCUGACGCCGCUGGCCGACUGCUUCAUGCUCCGCGCCGAUGCCGUGCUGGACUUCGCCACCGUCUCCGAGAUCCUCCGCUCCGGCUACACCCGCAUUCCCGUCUACGAAGGCGAUCGGCGCGACAACAUCGUCGACCUGCUCUUCGUCAAGGACCUGGCUUUUGUCGACCCCGAUGACUGCACCCCCCUGCAGACUGUCACCCGCUUCUACCGCCGCCCGCUCCACUGCGUCUUCAACGACACGCGCCUUGACACGCUGCUUGAGGAGUUCAAGAAGGGAAAGUCCCACCUGGCCAUCGUGCAGCGAGUGAACAAUGAAGGGGAAGGAGACCCGUUCUACGAGGUGAUGGGCAUUGUCACCCUGGAGGAUGUCAUUGAGGAGAUCAUCAAGUCCGAGAUCCUGGAUGAGACGGAUCUGUACACGGACAAUCGGAAGAAGGAACGGGUGCCCCACCGGGGACGCAAGCCCCAAGACUUCUCCAUCUUCAGGCUCUCAGACAGCGAGAUGAAGGUGAAGAUCUCCCCACAGCUCCUUCUGGCUACGCAUCGGUUCAUGGCAACAGAAGUGGAGCCUUUCAAGUUGCCAUACCUCUCCGAGAAGAUCCUGCUGCGGCUCCUGAAACACCCCAAUGUCAUCCAGGAGCUCAAGUAUGACCGAAAGAACAAGAAGGCAGCAGAGCAUUACCUCUACCAGCGCAACCGUCCCGUUGACUACUUCAUCCUCAUCCUGCAGGGGAAAGUGGAGGUGGAGGUCGGCAAGGAAGGGCUGCGGUUUGAGAAUGGGGCGUUCACUUACUACGGUGUCCCUGCCAUCAUGGCUGUCGUUUCAUCAGAUAACGACAUGCGGAAAGUGGGCAGCCUGGCUGGAUCCUCCUUCCUAUUGCCUGUCUCAGUGUCCCGAACCUUCGCUUUCAGCAGAGGGGAUUCCCUGGCUGGCUCUCCAGUGAACAGGUCACCGUCACGGUGUAGCGGGCUCAACCGCUCUGAGUCCCCCAACCGGGAGCACAACGACUAUGGGGGCAGCACCACGCAGCUCCACAGCAGCAGCAACAACGUCUACACGCCCGACUACUCCGUGCACAUCCUCUGUGAUGUGCAGUUUGUUAAGGUCACCCGGCAGCAGUACCACAACGCGCUGGUGGCCAGCCGCAUGGACAGCUCACCCCAGUCCCCCGACAUGGAGGCCUUCGACAGGGAUUCAACCAAGGCCUCAACCACACGGGGAACCCCACAGACGCCCAAGGAGGACCCCACCACCCUCCUGAAUGAGAGGAACAGCGUUAUGUGCAGCCACUCCGAGGGGCAGCACAGUCCCAGUGAGUCAGUAUUCCUGCGCAUGGAGGGCAUCCCCUUCAUCCAGGAGGAGCUGGCUGACAACGAGGAGAACAGCAAGCGGCAAAACAGUGAGUGCUGUGACAUCGUCCUGGAGGCAGAAUCCCCGGGCAGAGAGGCUGGGACCACCUCAUCGCCAAGCAGCUCUGAGGAGACAAUGGGCAGGAGGCUGCUGAGAUCCCUCAAUCUGCAGCAUGAGGGUCUCCUGCCACGAGGCUCAUGUUCAACAGCAGCAGGUCUGCACUUGCCCGCUGCCUGCCCGCCCGCCUGCCCGCUCGUGCCGCCCCUCCCUGCAGGACUUGUGCAGAGCCCCACUCCUUGGCGAGAAAGGAUGUGCCCCUGGUGGGGCUGAACCACCCAGGCGUCCUGGACUGACUAGCUGGAGCCCAAGGGCCCUUGCCCAGUUGCUCCCUGGUAGCAUUUGAUCUUAAGGAAGAGGUGGAUAAAGGAAGAGUGGAGAAGUAUCUGGCAUGGUGUCCCUGCGGGCAGAGCAAGGAGGGGCGGCCCAACCCAGAACUGCCCUUAGCAUCACUUACCAUCCCCAUCCCAGCAAGGCCUGGAGCCCCUCAGUGCUGGGUGCUGCACAGAUGUAGUCUCCACCAUGAGGAGAAUGUGCUAUUUGGGGGGUGCCACAUGCCGCUCAGGGCCCCAGCACACAUUUGUGCCGUGCCUAGUGACACACUUGCAGCACCUUGCGCACGCUGACCAUCAACAAAACUCGGCGCUCCGAAACCCCUGCUAGGCACAGGGCAGGGAGCCCAGCUCACCGCCAAGUGCAGCCCCCCUGCCUGGGGAGGGCUGCUCCACGCUGCAUUGAACCAUCCUCCUCUCCAGACAUGGCUGCCUGUGGGAGGGAGGCUCACGCCGAGCCUUCAGGUUGGUAGAGACCAGUCAGUAGUUUUUGUAGAGGCUGAACGCAACAGGGAUAUUAACAUUAAAAGUGAUUUUUCCCU